AGAAAUACGCUAAGCUCUAUAUAAUGCAUCGCGGGCUUAUUGGACAGUAAAGAAAAACAAUUUGAAGUUAGUGAUUCAACGUAAUCAUGAAGACAUAUGCAACCAUAUUUGCUAUAAUUUCAGUAAGUUGGGCGAUUCACCUUCAUUUUUGCGUGGCAGAUGUUGGCACAGCAACCUCUUAUGGCCCUCCUUACGUUCCAACUUCUUGCUAUGGGUACAAUCAGAGGCAAUUCCCAGCAGGCAAUCUCUUUGGAGCGGCUAAUGACGCAAUUUGGGACAACCAGGCUGCCUGCGGAAGAAAGUACAGAAGCAGAUGUUUGAGCGGAACAAGUAAUGAAAGAGUUAAUCCAUGCAGAAAAAGAUCGCUUGUGGUAAAGAUCCUGGAUUACUGUUCUUCCGCUGGAUGCGAUAAUGGCGAUGCAACUUUCCAUUUAUCUGCGGAUGCGUUUUCUCACAUUGCUCAUUCCUCUGCUAAAAAGAUUAACGUCGAAUACGAACAAGUGUGAUCCAUCAGACUUGUUCACGAAGGUAUUUGAGGGGCUACUGCUAGAGACGUGUGAUCCAUCAGACUUGUUAACUGUGGAUGCUUACUUCUAUAACCUGCGCUUUGUUAGAGGGAUAUUGUCAAACAUACAGAGCUUCAUUCAAUGUAUAUGCAGCGGUAGCAAGUUUAGAAUUUGAUGGUCAUCUGUAUCUAUUAUAUGUAAAUUUUAUGACAAUGGUUCUCAUUUAAAUGUUUUUUAUUUGAUGUUUUAAGAAAAAAAAUAAAUUAUCAAAAAUGUUUCAUUUUUGA